AUGUCUGUCGAUCUAGCCAAGCGCUCCGAUAUGCGCCUGGCUCUGUUCCAACUAGAAGCCAUCAUCGAGGGGAUACAUGCUGAUGAGUACAUUAUCAGAGAGGGAAUGAAUAUUGAUCUGCAACACAUGGUUCUUGACAUGGCUUCAGAGCACAAGCCUCAUUUUUUCAACGCGUAUCCCCACCUCCCCGAGCUGGAUGACGAGAACCGCGAUGGAAACAACGCAGUCUUGGACGACAACAGCUACACGAGACCCCUCGACCGAGCGUAUCAGAUCGAAACGACAUUGAAGCACUAUACUUUCGAUACUUUAUGGGGCAAAUGGGAUGAGUACUUGUGGACCAUAAAAGAUGUUGGUGACCACAAAACUUACAAGAGUUUGUAUCAAAUGGCUACAGGAGAUUACAAUUCUCCCAAGGAGUUCGGCCUCUUCAGGAUGACAGAGAUUAAAUCAAAAGAGCUUCCACAUACCAAGGCAGUUGCCUACCACGACCAUAUUCCAUCUCAUGAGAAGCAUUUUCUCCGUGGAGAGUUGUUGAUUAGCAUUCGCAUGAUGCUGAGUCAGUUGAAGAAGAAACGCUACAGGCCACACAUGAUCGCACCGGUUCUACUUUUUUCGAUUAUUGGGAAGCAAGGACGCGUUCUCGAGUCAUAUUUUGAUGGCAAACACCUCGUACUACGCCGUACAAAAACGUAUGAUUUUCGCAACGAUCCCUCGGCUUUCAGGGAUUUUGCGGAAUGGUACCUUGGCGAUCCAGCUGGUGACACAACGAGUCUCAAGGAAGAAUACAUGCUACGACUUCACGAAUGA